AUGCAGCCUUCAAACCCGUUCCUGUUUAUUCUACAGAUAGGCUUCCUGCUGUACCCCACGGGCCCUACACCGGCGUGCUACGAGCUGCAACCAUCGUCUCGAGCUGCUUCUAUCGGCGACAAGUAUCUGCUGAUGCACGCAGCCUCAGCUGACGAAAGCUACCGGCCCUUCCAUGAUGGCGCUGGUGUCACAUCGACAGAUAUGCUUGGAUCACCGAUGACGACACCAUGGAGCAACCCCAUAAAGCAGGACGCAUACGGCACAGCUGGCAGUGGGCACGGCAGCAUCACAAAGAUGCAGCCUUCAAACCCGUUCCUGUUUAUUCUACAGAUAGGCUUCCUGCUGUACCCCACGGGCCCUACACCGGCGUGCUACGAGCUGCAACCAUCGUCUCGAGCUGCUUCUAUCGGCGACAAGUAUCUGCUGAUGCACGCAGCCUCAGCUGACGAAAGCUACCGGCCCUUCCAUGAUGGCGCUGGUGUCACAUCGACAGAUAUGCUUGGAUCACCGAUGACGACACCAUGGAGCAACCCUAUAAAGCAGGACGCAUACGGCACAGCUGGCAGUGGGCACGGCAGCCUCGCAAAGAUGCAGCCUUCAAACCCGUUCCUGUUUAUUCUACAGGUGAGCAGACGCUAUGACAAGUCAUUUCGUAGUAACAAUGUCUGCCUAAUUCUGCUGCCGUGCCCACGGUCGCUUCGCGAAUCCUUUUGCAAAUUGUUUGCUGUCUUGCGCAUGUUGUUGCUUCUGGGAGGAGAUAUUGAGUUGAACCCAGGCCCUACAUUAGAUGGCAUAGCAGAACAGCUAAAGCUAAUUGCCGGGGAUAUUCAAGAAAUUAAGAAAGAAAAAUCUAUAACAAACACUAGACUUAAUGCAAUCGACAAGAAACUUGAAAAGAUAGCUGGUAUUGAAAAGCAGAUCUCAGAGAACAAUAAAAGAAUAUCUACCUUAGAAAAAAACCUAAUGGCUAUGGAAAAGAAAGUCGAGGAUCUGGAAAACCGGAGCCGUCGGUCCAACCUUGUCAUAUACGGUGUUGAAGAACAACAAAAGGAAUCAACAGACAUGCUUCUUGAAAUGGUCGAAAAAAAGAUUUUAGACGGUAUACUACAGAUAAAAACCAAGGGAAUCGAAAGAAUCCACCGCCUAGGCAAAAAGAAGCAAACUGAUACUUCUAGGCCAAGACCCGUAAUCCUUAAACUGCUCGACUACCGAGACAAAGUUUCAAUCCUCAUGCACUGCACGAUGCUCAAGGGCUCAGGUUUCUAUAUCAGUGAAGAUUUUUCUCGUAGUAUUCGGGAAAUAAGAAAGAAGCUGUGGGAUCGCACGAAAGAAUACCGGGAUAGGCAGGAAAGGGUGUCGCUAGUCUACGAUAAAGUGCGUAUAAAUGGUGAACUUUUUGCUUGGGAUAGUGACCACGAAGAUUUAAUUACAGUCCAAAAAACGAAGAAAAGGAUGUCUUACAAAAGAGAGUCACUCGAAGUCGACAGAAGUAACCCUGUUGAAUGUGAACGCACGAAGUCUUGCAAAUAAAAUAGACCAAUUCGAAGCUCUGGUUUUAGAAAUUAAACCUGACAUUAUUGCUGUCACAGAAACAUGGCUUCACUCGGAUAUCUUAGACCACGAAGUCUUGCCACCAGGAUAUGUGAUUGUGCGCAGAGAUAGGGGCACUAGAGGCGGGGGUGUCGCACUUUUCUUUAAGAAAGAACUACGAUACACCGUUUUACGAGAUAAG